UUUAAAAAGAAGGAAUCAAAACAUUAAAUUGGUGAAAAAAAGAAUGUUUUUAAAACCUGGUAGCUUUUGGAAGAAGGAUUCUGCAGAAAUGUAUAGUGUAUUUUCUUUUUAAUUUUUGGUUACUUUUUUUAACGCAGAAUAGCACGUGAUUCUGAUCUUGUUAGUCAAUAAUCUCUAAAUUAUCGAAAAACCAGACCACAAUAUUCAAGAUGUUCCGUAAUUGCCGUUCAAUCUCUUGUGAGCAGAUAGAGAAGAUUAUAUUGAGUUAAACAGUUCUUUGCCACUUUGCAAGAUUCGCAAUAAUUACCGAAAUCUUAAUUAAUAAAGAUUUGCGAAUAACUGUGUAUCAUAAGAGUCAGUCUACUGAAGAUAGUCUAAUGAAGAUACUAAAACAGUAAGAGUAGAGAAUAAACUAUUUUACGGUGAAGUAACAACGAGAAUAACGGAAUGAGUAGAUUCUAUUUUGCACUGCCUACUGCCUUACUGUUAGCUAAUGAAAGACGAGUGUUAUAAAACGCAAAAUACUUACUUGUAUAGACGAAACUGAUAUAACUCCAAGAACCUUACUUCUUACUCUAUACUGCCUACUUCCUUUGUAGACGGCCCUUUACAGCAUGCUGAAGUGGUGGAAAAAAUGCACACAACAGCAGCGAGUUCUACCUGCAUAAACUUACUGCUGUUGUGCGCAUCCCAUUCACCGUUUCAGCAUGCUGCGAAAAAGUCAAAACUGAAAACACUGGCGCCGGAAUGUCGCGCCGUAAGACAGCCCGAUGCAUGCUCACUCGUAAAUCUUUAUUAAUUGAGAUCUCAAUAAUUAUUGCAAAUCUCGAAAAAUGAUAUAUAUAUAUAUAUGACGAACUUUUUCAUUCAAUAUAACCCACUCUACUUUCCAACAAGAAAUUGUACGGCACUUACGGAACACUCUGUACACAUAAUAUACACAGAAAACUCUUGUGACAAUUCAAGAUUAUGGACGAAUCGAGAUCUGAAGUUCAGUCCUUCUACAAGGAUAAGAUCAUUUUUAUUACCGGCGCUUCCGGUUUUAUGGGCAAAGUUCUCAUGGAAAAAUUACUGUAUAGCUGCUCUGAUCUCAGUAAAAUCUAUAUCCUUAUACGAGACAAGAAAGGCCACAAUUGGGAAAAUCGAUUUAAGGAUAUGUUUAACAUACCAUUAUUUCGAAGACUACAGGAACAGAAAGCACAAAUUUUUAAGAAAGUAAUACCACUAAAUGGCGAUAUAUUAUCAGAUAAUUUAGGUCUUACUACCGUACAGCGCGAGUGUUUGAUACAGGAAGUAAACGUAGUAUUUCAUUUAGCCGCGAGUCUUAGAAUGGAGGCGAAAAUAAAAGACUCUAUCAAAAUGAACACGAUGGCUACACACACAGUACUAAAGUUGGCAAAACAAAUGAAACACUUGCAAGUUUUCGUACAUUUAAGUACGGCUUAUUGUCAUGUCGAUCAAGACGAACUUGGCGAACAUAUCUACGAUUCUCCUCAUGAUCCUCAUGAUAUCAUGAGACUAGUUGAAUGGCUGGACGAAGAAGCUAUCGAUCUUAUUACACCUAAAUUAUUAGGUUCGCAUCCAAAUUGUUACACGUAUUCAAAACAACUUACGGAAACAUUGGUGGCCAAUGAAUACCCUAAUCUUCCGUGUAUUAUUGCUAGACCUUCCAUCGUAUGUCCUAUUUUAUUGGAGCCAGUGCCAGGAUGGGUUGAUACUUUAAAUGGAGUUGGAGGCAUACUUGUCGGCGCAGGCAAAGGUGUUAUUAGAUCGAUGCACUGCAUACCAACUUACUGUGCCGAAAUUAUUCCAGUCGACAUUGCAAUUAAUUCGUUAAUUGUCUUAUCAUACAUGAUUGGUACCAGCAAAAUAAAAUCAAAAAGCAUACCUGUGUACAACAUAACGCAGGGAAAUGUAAGGCCCAUUACAUGGGGUCAAAUGUUAGAGAAAGGCAGGAAAAUCAUUUAUGAUUAUCCUUUUGAAGGACAGGCUUGGUAUCCGGAUGGUAAUAUACGUACCAACAAAUAUGUGCACAACUUAUUUGCCUUUUUCUUUCACAUCAUUCCUGCGUAUUUAAUCGACUUUCUCAUGUUGAUAUUUCGACAGAAAAGAUUUAUGGUCAGAAUUCAAAAGCGAAUUUUAGUCGGUCUGAAAGUAUUGCAAUACUUUACCACGAAAAAUUGGAGAUUUCGUAACGAUAAGGGGAUUGCUAUGGCCAACAAACUAUCACCAGCAGAUCAAAAACUAUUUCCCAUUGCAAUUCAUCAUUAUGAUGAAGACAAAUACUGCAAGGAUAUAAUUCUUGGAAUACGGCAAUACUGUAUGAAAGAAGAUCUAUCUACUUUGCCAAAAGCCCGUCGUCGUCAAAAAGUAAUGUAUGCUAUCCAUAUCACGACGGUGUAUCUAUUUUACUUUGGAAUAUUCUAUUGUAUUUACAACACUUGCGAAAUAGUGAAAAUCUUGGUGAAGUAUGUUAUUGGAAAAGUACAAUCACUCGUUUUUGCAUGAUUGAAAAGAUACAUAAAAAUUUUAGAUUUGUUAUGAUAUAUAUUAGUAUACAAGUUUUGGAACGCACAUAGUAAGAAACAAGAAUUCUUUUAAUAUUUUACACUACGUAUCCAUUACAAUAAGGUCUUUGAUGUAUUUGUUAAUACUAUUUAUAAGUGUAAUUAAAAGAAAGAGUCAUAAGUAUCUGUAAAAAUGUGUCUGUAAAACUGAUUGCAAUAAAAAGUGCAGCACUUAUGAAAAAAAAAAUU